AUGGAACAAAAUAUUAAGCUAAUAUUGCCAGUUAAAAUUAUUGUGUUUAUCCUUUUAACGUGGAUAUAUUAUUUAAACAAAGAUAGAAUAUUUAACAAAAAUUUGAAUGAUAACAUCGAUCUUAAUAAAAAAUUACAUACAAUAAAUUGUCGAUUGCUAGCAAAAUAUAAACAGGAUAAGAAUUACAACGAUGUAGGUUUAAAAAAUAAUAUACAAAAUAAGCGGGAGCACCAAGAAAAAAAUAUAUAUAAUAAUAAGAAAUGGGGGAAGGGAAAGAACAAAGAGUCUAAUAGAAGUUUAUUAAAUAAGGCACAAUACUACACAGAAUUUAUAGAUUACAAUAAUGGAAUGUUUGAUGGAAAACAUUUUCAUUUUGAAAAAAAAUGGAUAAAAAAAAAAGAUUAUGAUAAUUUUCUUGAAAAAAACAGAAGAAUUCGUGAUAUAAGUUUAAAAAAAAUAAAAUUUAGAAAAUACAGAUAUGGAUUUCCUAUGCUUUUUCUUUUUUUCCUUUUGGGAAUAGGAUUACCCAUAUUAUGUGGAUUUGAGCUGCCAGGAGUUUCUUUCAAAACAAUAAUAGAUGACCUAUAUACGAAAAUUAAAACAGGUAUAAAUAGUCUAAUAGAAUUACAAGAUGGACAUAUUUAUCUUAUAUUAUUUUGCAUAUUUAUCGUUAUAUUUUCCAUAAUACUUAUAAUAGCGAUACCUAAGAUCUUAAAGAAUAAUGAAAAAUAUCACAAAAUUAAUUUAAUGAAUAAGGGAUAUGAAUAA